AUGCGGGCGCCGGGCCGCCGUGCGCCCUGGCUGUGCUGGUGGUGGGGCUUGCUGUGCGGCUGCUGCGGGCCCCCGCCGCUCAGGCCGCCCCUGCCCGGGGCCGUAGCCGCGGCCGGGGGUGCGCUGCCCGCAGCCCCGGGCCGCCCCGAGCCGCCGCCGCCCUCCGCCCCCGGCUUCCCCUCGCGGCGCCUGCGGACGCUGGAGAAGCGCGCCAUGCAGAAGGAGAUUCUGUCCGUGCUGGGGCUCCCGCACCGGCCUAGGCCCCUACACGGCCUGCAGCCCCCGCUGCCCCCGCCGCCGCCGCCGCCGCUGCCCCCUGCGCCCCAGCGCCGGCCGGUCCACGGGGACGAGGAGCCCCCCGCCGGGCGCCUGUCCUCCGCGCCCAGGUUCAUGCUGGACCUGUACCGCAGCCUCGCGGCCGCCGACGACAGCGACGAACGCGCCCGGGACGCGGGGCUGCAGCCGCUGCCCGGCGGGAGUCUCAUGAACCGGGGACCCGGGGCCACCGCGCCCCUGGCCAGCGCGCAGGACAGCGCCUUCCUCCAGGACGCCGACAUGGUGAUGAGCUUCGUCAGCUUGGUGGAGCACGACGAAGCCUUGUCCCGGCACCCGCGGCACCACCAAGCCUUCAAGUUCAACCUGUCCCCGGUCCCCGAGGGCGAGGCUAUGACGGCCGCAGAGUUCCGCAUCUACAAGGACUGCGUGGCCGGAGGCGCCAAGAACCAGAGUUUCCUCGUCAGUGUUUUCCAGGUCCUGCAGGAGGAGUCACACAGGGCCCCCUCCCUGUUCCUGCUGGACCGGCGGCUGGUGUGGGCCUCUGAGGAGGGCUGGCUGGAGUUCGACGUCACGGCCACCGGCAGCCUGUGGGUGGUGGCCCCCCAGCACAACCUGGGGCUGCAGCUGGGUGUCGUCACCCAGGACGGCCUCAGCAUCCACCCGCACACGGCGGGCCUGGUGGGCAGGGACGGGCCCUCAGACAAGCAGCCCUUCCUGGUGGCCUUCUUCAAAGUUAGUGAAAGCCGCGUGCGCACAGCUCGUUCUGCACCCCGUCGGCGCCCGCAGAGCCGAAACCGCUCAGGCCCUGCCCAGGACACGGCCAGGGUCAGCAGUGUGGCCGAUCUCAGCAACAGCGAGCUGAAGUCUGCCUGCAGGAGGCAUGAACUCUACGUCAGUUUCCAGGACCUGGGCUGGCAGGACUGGAUCAUCGCACCCAAGGGUUACGCGGCCAACUACUGCGAUGGGGAGUGCGCUUUCCCGCUCAAUGCGCACAUGAACGCCACCAACCAUGCCAUUGUGCAGACGCUGGUGCACCUGAUGAACCCCAACUUCGUGCCCAAGCCCUGCUGCGCGCCCACCAAGCUCAAUGCCAUCUCCGUGCUCUAUUUUGACGACAGCUCCAACGUCAUCCUCAAGAAAUACCGAAACAUGGUCGUGAGGGCGUGUGGUUGCCACUAGGGGCCAUGCCUCCCGACCUGCAUUUCCUCCUUCAGGGGGAAGGUGCUUCAUGGCCGCCGCCCUGCUGGAGGGAGUGAGGACUUCUAAGGUCUUGG